GGUUUGACUAGCGGCGUCACCGGAGCUCGCACAGUCGGACUCCUCUGAGAUCGCUCUCGAUCUCCAUCGCCGAGGAGAAUUGCGAAAUCGCCCGGAUACAAAGGGUAUUGCCGCCAUUUUGGGCUCUGCGCUAAACUUCCCUCCCCCGCGGCGUUUUGGGGUGGACGCGAAGCGCGGUUAGUUUGUUCAGGGAAAGCUCUCUGGAGCAAUCGAAGGAUACAGCGGAAAAAAGAGCGAUCCUUUCCGUGGGCUCCUCCUUGGCUCCUUCCCUCUCUGAGUAAGAGAAGGGACGAGAAAGGAAGAAGCUGUCGCGAUUUCAAUCAUGACUUCUUCCUCUUCCCACUUGAUACUUCCUUUGCUCCUUCUGCAGUACCUUCUGAUCCCGGAUCUUCUUUUUGCGAGCAAUGUCUACAUUGUUUAUAUGGGAGAGAAGAAUCAGGACGAAACAGAGGCAAUGGUGGAGCUGCAUCACGAAAUGCUUUCCACCGUGCUCGGGUGCAAAGAAGCUGCCACUUCCUCGAUUUUGUACAACUACAAGCAUGGGUUUUCGGGAUUUGCUGCCGUCUUGACCAAGUCUCAGGCGGCUCACAUUGCUAAUUACCCGGGAGUUGUUCAUGUUGUACCAAAUCGGAUUCUUGAUUUGCACACGACUAGGAGUUGGGAUUUUAUGCAUUUAGAGGCAAACUUUCCAGAUGGGAUUAUCCCGAAGAGUAGGUCAGGCAAUGGAUCGAUCAUUGGUGUUGUAGAUACUGGGAUAUGGCCUGAAUCUGAGAGCUUCAAUGAUCAUGAUAUUGGCAAAAUUCCAUCACGAUGGAGAGGAACAUGCCAACAAGGGGAGAAGUUUGAUGCUUCUAACUGCAAUAGGAAAAUAAUUGGUGCACGAUGGUACAUUCGAGGAUAUGAAGCUGAAUAUGGGAUGUUAAAUACAAGUGAUGUUGUUGAGUAUCGUUCUGCUCGAGACGCCGUUGGGCAUGGCACCCACACAUCAUCUACUGCUGCUGGUGCAUUUGUUAGCAAUGCAAGCUUUAUGGGAAUUGCUCGCGGAUUAGCAAGAGGAGGUGCUUUGAAGGCCAGGUUGGCUAUUUACAAGGUCUGCUGGGCUUCUGGUGGUUGCAGCUCUGCAGACAUUCUUGCUGCAUUUGAUGAUUCAAUCAAUGAUGGGGUAGAUGUUCUUUCAGUGUCUUUAGGCCAAUCACCACCACUUCCUGCAUAUGUUGAGGAUGUUCUGGCCAUUGGUUCUUUUCAUGCUGUAGCGAGAGGAAUUUCUGUUGUAUGUUCUGCUGGAAAUUCUGGACCUUUUUCACAAACUGUGAUAAACACUGCUCCUUGGAUUUUAACUGUUGCAGCAAGCACAAUAGAUCGGAUUUUUGUGACAAAGAUCACCCUUGGGAAUAACCUAAUUCAAGCAGGUCAAGCUUUGUUCCUUGGAGAGCAUGCAGAUAAGUUUUAUGGGAUUGUUUAUGCUGAAGAUAUUGCUUCAGAUAAAGCAGAUGCUUCUGAUGCCCGAGGCUGUAGUGCAGCUUCGCUAAAUUCGACUUUAGCAAGAGGAAAAGUUGUUAUCUGCUUUCAGACUCGGGAACAAAGAUCCCCGCUGGUUGCUUCGGAUACUGUAAGAAGAGCCCAUGGGGUUGCGGUCAUCUUUUCACAGUUCUUGACGGAGGACAUUUCCUUUGCAUUUGAUUUUCCUUGCAUCCAAGUUGACCUUGAAACUGGAACAAAUAUACUCAUGUACAUUGGCAAUACAAGGAAUCCAGUGAUUAAAUUUAGCCCCACAAAAACAGCUUUGGGGACUGUUACAGCUCCUGAAGUAGCAUACUUCUCAUCUCGAGGUCCUAGUUCACUUUCACCAUAUGUGCUAAAGCCUGAUCUUGCUGCCCCUGGUGUAAAUAUCUUAGCAUCUUGGUCACCUGCUUCUCCACAGAACAGUAAACCUUCACUUGAUUUUAAAAUCGAGUCAGGCACCUCCAUGUCCUGUCCUCAUGUUACUGCAAUUGUUGCUCUUCUCAAAGCAACAUAUCCAGAUUGGAGCCCAGCUGCAAUAAAAUCUGCGCUAAUCACAACAGCUACUAUCGACGAUGAAAAUGCCCUUAAUAUAGCAGCCGAAGGAGCUCCUAACAAGAAAGCAAACUCAUUCGACUAUGGAGGUGGACAUGUGAAUCCAAAUCGAGCCAUACAUCCCGGUUUGCUAUACGACAUGGUGCCGUCUGAUUAUGUGCAUUUCCUGUGCUCUAUGGGCCAUAACAAUACUGCUGUGAGUUCCAUUGUGCGACAACCCACUGUCUGCCACGACGCAUAUAAAUCACAGAAGGAUCUUAAUCUUCCAUCUAUAGCCAUACCUGAAUUAAAAGGCAAAUUAACAGUCUCAAGAACAGUUACAAAUAUUGGUCCAGUUGCAUCCACGUACACUGCUCAUGUUGAAGCUCCUCCUGGGGUGAGUGUUCGUGUCAAACCCUCGAUCCUAAUGUUCAAUUCUACUAUCAGUAAGUUAAACUUCAAGGUGAAGUUCCGGUCGCAGCUAAAGGUGCAUAGUGGAUACUUGUUUGGAAGUCUGACAUGGGAAGAUGGUGUCCAUUGGGUUAGAAUUCCUUUAGCCGUUCGCCCUAUCAUUGACGUUUUCAGUAUCUACACAUAGCUGAGUUGUUAUUCUUCAGACUUUAUCUUCUCCUGUUAGUUUCUUUCAGAACAGUAGUAUUGCAAAGACGACAGAAAUGAUUGUGGAGUAGAAGCGGAAAAAAAAGGAAGGAAAAGCUUAUUUUAUGUGCAAUGUAGAACAACAUGAAAAAAAAAAGGGAAAGGCUCAUUCUAUCCAAAUUUUGAAGAGGUCAUUGCGUCACUUGAAUCAGCUUAUCUAACAUCAUCAUGUUUACUCCUUUAACAUUUUAACCUGUGUAGUUUAGGGUUUAGGGAAGUUAUCGGACAUCAUUCCUACUCGGGUGAAUGCAUCAGAAGUAGGGAAAGAAGUGUCAAAUUGAUAUCUUUCACUCAAAAUUUUCUUUUACUGAGUAGAGAGGAACUUGACUGUUCUCUACCUCAUUCUUGUAAUGUCAUAAUUAGUUGCAAGUCA